AUGCAGAUCGAGGUGGAGCAGGAGGAGACCAUGGCGCCGCCCACACUCGAGGACGCCAUCGCUCAGCACAACGUGUCGGUUCUGACCGGCGCGAGGGCUAUGCAAGACCAGCGGAAGCGGACUCCAGUGGUGCGCGCCCAUGCCCAUGCCCAGCCCGUCAAAGCCAAGAAGCGGAAGACGAAUAAACGGAGUCGAGAAGAGGCAGACCGAUGCCCGAUUCGCUCUCCAACCAACCAGCUCGCGUCGACCACAUCAUCGCAGCCGCUGCCGCUGCCCCAGAUGCAGAUGCAACAAGCCGCCCCCAUGCCGCUCACCGCUAUCCAAACGCUUGGCACAUGUUUAAUUGGAGGCUCCAUGGACCAAGCGGGCGUCAGGGAUGUCCUCGAACGGUUGUCGAUGUCGUCGGCGUCGUCAUCGGUGGAGGUAAAUGUCGAGGCCAAGAAGAUGGAGAUGGCCGACCUCUUCCAGUACAAGAUCACGAGCGCGGUGAACGUGAACCGCAACCAGUCGGCCCUCGUGCCCUUCCUCCACACCGAGUUCAACGGCGUCAAGGCCUCCGUCUACAACAAG